UCACAAUUACGCGACUCACGGUUGGCGUCCAAAGCGGAGAAGUAGCCAGGUCAACACAGCGAGUUCAGGUGGAUCGAAGAAGACAGAGGUCCACCGGUGGUAUGGCCAGUCAGGCGCUGUGUGGCAGGACCAGGUUGGUGUCAUAUCUACCUGGGCUGCACCACCUCGUGCGCAGGAUCGCCGGUGCUCGGACCUUCUCUGCGGCCGGGUCCUCGGGAUCCGAUGAACCUCGUGUGGUCGUCACGCCCCCGGAUAUGGUGGCUAGGACGGUCUGGCCAGAUGAGAUUAUGGGUCCAUUUGGACCACAGGACCAUCGCUUCCAACUGCCAGGCAACGUGGGCUUUGACUGCCACCUAGAAGGCACAGCUGCCCAAGGCAGAGUCCCGACAGACCAUUUCGUCCCAGAUGUGCUGUCAGCCCCCUCCAGCAGCGAGAGACAUGAGUUUGUGUUGGCACAGUUUGUCAGCGAGUUCCCGGGUCAGGAAGCUUCGCCAAGUGUCAGCAGAGCGGAGCAGUACUUUGACAAUUCAAGUGUGGAGUGUGCAGUGCAGCUGUGUCCCCAGCUGUUGAAGAAAGAUUUUAAAUCGAUGUUUCCUGAGGCCCCUACUGGAGAAAUGACCGUUGUGACAGUGACCCAGAAAACACAAAAUGACAUGACUGCAUGGUCUGAGGAGGUGGGGAAGGAGAGAGAUCAGCUUCUGGAAAAAUUCAUCAGUGGUGCCACUGAGAUCUGCUCAGCUCUCCGCAAUGCUGGCUUCUGGGCUGACUUCAUAGACCCCAGCUCAGGGUUGGCGUUCUUUGGCUGCUACACAAACAACGCACUGUUCGAGACAGAUGAGCGGUACCGUCACCUGGGCUUCUACGUCGAGGACCUGGGUUGCUGCAAAGUGAUCCGUCACAACCUGUGGGGGACGCAUGUGUUUGUGGGGACCAUGUUUACCGACGCGCCUCCCGACAGCCACAUCAUGAUGAAGCUGCAGGGUAACUAAGAGAGAAUAAGGGAAGACAGCGCUGGACUGGGAUUCCAGGGUUUUGCCAUGGGAAAUUUUUGACUUUUCGCCAUUGAAAAACCAAACUGGGAUUUAGCUUAAUCCUUCUUUAAAAGAAAAAUACGUAUCACUAAAAUAAAAGU